GCUGCUGCAGGGGUGCGCGACCAACGCGCCCCACUUUACAGACGCGUUGGUCGACGCGCCCUGGACUUGCGAAAGUCAAACUAAAUCCCCAUUGACAACCUCAUUUUCGAAAUCAAAAUCCAGCCAACUCGGUCGCACACAUCUGUGGCGCAUGCGUAUUCCUCGGUCUAAGUUGUAAUCACCACUUGUUUUACUUCGUCCACCACGCACAGCCGUGAUCGACCGGCUAUCACCCACACCCACACACACCGAAUAAACAUAACUGUGAACCGCAACACACAGCGGCCACCCGAGCGGCAACCACAACCGCGUAACCACGAAACAAGCUACAACCCACGCCACACCUUCAAGAAACCAACAUCGGGAGAGACUCCACAACAACCUAGCGAAAGAAAGACACCCAACAUGCCACCCCGCCGAACCCCGCGGCGCCCCGCCGGCACCACCGCCCCAACACCCACCACCACCACCAAGAACAACAACAACCCCAAACCCACCACCACAACCGCAGCCCCCAAACCACCCGCCCGAAUCAAAUACGAAUCGACCCCCGUCCCCCAGCAAGCCACCUUCCCCGCCCGCCGCAAAACAGUCCGCACCUACGGCGCCGGCGGUCGCCGCUCCCUGCCCGCGCGCCUGGAGACCACGACACCGCCUGCGUCGAGCGAGAGAGCGGCGACGAGGAGGAGUCUCAGGCAGCAGACGCUGACGCAGAUUGAUUAUGAGGAGGUGGAGGGGUUGCAGCGUGGGAGGGAUUCCAAUGGGGAAGGAGAGGAGGGGGAGGGGAUGGAUGUGGAGGUGGAGAUGGUGAAGGUGGUGGCGAAGCGGAAAGCGGCGCCGGAGAGGAGGUCUAAGAGGAGGAGGACGAUGGGGGAUGUGCCCGCGCCCACGCCGGCACUGGUGAAGAAGGGGUCGAGCUUUCAUACCCAAACGCUGACGCAGUUUUUGGGGGGGUCUGCGUCGAGAGUGGAGGAUGAGGGGUUGCGGGUGGAGGAGGAUGGGGAGGGGGAUGUGUGGGAUGUGCCGCUGUCCGGGGAGACACCUGUCAAGGCCUCUGUGCCGCGGUGGAAAGGGAAAGGGAAGGCUGUGGUGCCUGACGACCCCUGUACCCCCAGCAACAAGCGCAUCAAGGUCAACCCUGACGAGGUUCCUGCUUCGCAACCGACGCCGUUCACGCCGCUGCUGGGUCACAGUCCGCUUGUGCCGAUCAAGUCGCCGCUGACGCAGAAGUCGACCAAUCUCGAUGCCCCGCUGCCGACGAUAGAAACGGUCUCGAAGUUGCCGCGGACUUUGACUAUCCAGGAUAGUUACAGCAUGGGGGAUAGUAGCAGUCUGGGAUUCCCGUCGUCGGCGGCAGGUGAUACGCCGAAAAAGGAGGAGACACCCACGCAACAAUCGAUGCGGGAGCCGUUGAGUGAGAUACCAGUUGCUAGUAUCGAACUCGGUGUCGGUUCCACUCCGGCCGGGGAAACACCCACAGCGAGGAGAAAGAGGAUGUUUUUUGAGAUUCCGGAUACGGACGAUGAAUUGGACAGCAUCGCGUCGACGCCCUUCAAGACGCGUUCUACACAGCAAACACCUCUGAAGCGAGAGGUGACGCAGGACUUCGACAUAGCUGCGGAUCCAGGCUCACGGUCACGAGCUAGGGUGAUUGCUAGUUCGGAAACUCCCGCCAGUUCGUGCAAGUCAGAUAAGGAGAAUGGGACACCUGCCCACGGGACACCUACUAUCGGGAUGUGGGAAGACGAGGACGAUCGCGCGGAUGAGAGGGAGGGCACGCCAACUCCAACGCAGGGCAGAAAAUCGCAAGCGGCUAACAGGGCGAGCCAAGUCAGCCCCAACACGGCCUCGCAGUUUUGGACGGGAUCGGCUGAGAAUAAUGCCAGCAUAGGGGCAUCAGCUGGGGGUUCACGCGAACCUUUGACCGAACUUGUGGUGGAAGAGGAGUUAAUGGUCAGUGAAGAAGACCAGCCCGGUUUACCAACAUCGGCUCCUCUCGCAUCACAGUUCCACGGCAGCAUGGGCAAAUCGGAUGGACGGAUUCGUAGGGGCAGUCUCCAGUUCGAGGAUCCGGAUGAAACAGCCAGCGAGGCCGAGGAAGAAGAGCAGGCCGAGGAGGAACAUAUGCCAGUCUCAAUUCUUCGGAAGGCGACGUCACAAAAAAGCCAGCGCGCCGAUAGCAGGAAAAAGCGCGAGUCUACGCCAGAGCUCAACUCAGAGUCGUCAACUGGCCAGGCUCCGGGAACUCCAACACCUGUCGUCCGGAGGGUCCAAAUCGAGCUGCCGCCGUCAUCUCCCCGUGAGGUUUACAAGGAGACUCCCCGAAAGCCGCACAAAUCGUCGCCCAUUUACCAACGACAUACCCAAGUCCGGUCUCAGUUUUACAGCCAGGGCCUCGAGAGCCAGCGUAUUCCGCUGGCGGUUAUUCGCUCCCUUGGACCGCAGACCGACCGCUCUGACGUCCUCACCUUGUUCCCCGCGGAUAUUGUUGAGGGCAUUACGAGCGGCGUGAGGGACCACGAGUUUCGCAAUUACAAAUUCCCGGUCCAAAUCUCACGCUGCUGGAUCUACACCGACCUCCCCGUGGGCGAAGUGAAAUACAUGGCCACCCUUGGUCCUGCCAAAGAGCCUGGACAGAUCGAUGCCCGCACUGGUGUCGGCAACGCCGAGUUCAACGCGGGCACAUCAGGCUACAAGUUUGCCCACAAGCUUUUACAAGUGUAUCAACUCAACAACCCGGUGCCACUGGCAGAUAUGGAAGAAAAUGGGCUAGGACCAGGGGCACCGCAGCAUUACAAAUACCUCCCUCCGGCGAUUGUGGGACAGCUGGUAGCAAACCUGAGGUGUCCGCUCUUUGCCGAAGAAUACGAGGAAGACUUCUCAGGCGACGACGAGGAUGUGACAAUCUCGCAGGAACUGGCAGACCAAAUACGCAGCGACAUCCUGCACUCGACACAGAAACCGUCUCGCGGCGGCCGCCCUCAUAACGAGGAAGAUAUCAUCCCCGCCAGCCAGAGCCCGACCAAGCAGCGCCCAGCUCCCACUACGUCCCAAAAAGCAGAAAACGGCUUCACCCGACCCCCAGUCCCGGCACGAUCAAGCCAACGGAUCCGCGACCACCAAAGCAGCCAACCAUCGACAACUCCGCGCCCCAACCCACCACCGCACCACCACCGCCCUCAACCAACCCCCUCCCGAGCAACAACAACACGCAGACCCCCGUCAUCGCGAUACGUCCGCCCCUCCCAAGCAACCACCGCCUCGGACAUAUCCGCCGUCUCAUCCCCCGAGAAAUCCUCCGGCCCGCCCUCCGUGCCCCGCCCCCCUUUACCCGGGUCCAGCGACCACUCGCUGCCCAGCCUUCCGGAUGAUGACGACGAUGACGCGGGCGCCAGCCUGCUCCCGCGCCCGCGCCCGGGCUUGAUCCUGUCGUCGUCCCAGGGCGGGGUGCUGCCGCCGGAUAGUUUGCUGGUGGAUGAUGUGAGGAUGGCGCCGCCUCCGGUGGAGGUGUGGGAUUCGGACGAUGAUGAUGAUGAUGUGUAUGGGGAUGUGGUUUGAGGGGGAGGGGGUAUGGGGGGUGAUUGAUUGGG